ACUUGACACGGGGGAGUGGCGACACAGACUUGGACCGUCACACGAUUCCCAAACGACUUUGUUUACAACCUCCGGGCUAUCCAGCCGUGAGUCAGUAAAACACGGGACUACAGUAGGAGAGUCAGAGCGAACCGUUGUCUCCGAUCCCCGACUAGUCGCGCAGAGGACUCAUGGCCGCGACCUGGUGGCUAUCCUGAGCACACAACUCUACACUGCCCACGCCCUUGCGUCCCGACCGCUACUCUCUCUCACUACCACUGCGUAGAGCGAGACUAAGACUCGCCGGCGUAGAGAUCGAGCCUAAGGAAGAUGAGUCGCUCGUCGCAGCGCGGCAACUGGAACAAAGUCGAGUUCCAACUGCGGAGGAAAGCCUUCGAGCGAGGUGGAGGCGGUGGCGGAGAAGGAAUGGAGUCUGGCAGCGUCUCGGAGGACGAGAACUUACUGACGACAGGGCGAAGGCCUGAAAACAGAUGCGGAGUGAGAACCAAUGAGGUGCCAAGUGCCCAAUCGAGGUCAAGAGCACCCAUGUCUCCACGUGGAACGAGAGCUACCAGUGGGCAGAUCCCCGAAAUCCCCUCAUCCUCCUCCUCUUCGUCGUCACAGAGGCACUCUAGUACCAGCAGUGAACCACCACCUCAACAGAGGGGUUCACUGACAGGGGAGUAUUCAGAGGAAGCUCCAGAGCCGCUGAUGCCGACCUUUUCGACGCACAGUCAGUCAGACGACAGCGAGAGAGAAGAUCAUACAAUGGCUGCUCAGAUCUCUGCUCUCUCAGAACAGAACCAGCAGCUGGAGUCCCAGCUGAGAGAGAUGGAGGAGGAGAGAGAGAGACUGAGGGAGAUGCUCAGUGGGGAGAAGGUGACAGCAGCGACCGCUGGAGACGUGGCCUACACCCCUCCCGGCCUGCCCUCCAAGGUGUUGGAUGGCCGAAAGGUGAUGGAGAAAGGCGGUAAAAGGACAGACAAGCACCUCUCAAGUGAAGAAGAUUUGUUGUCCAAAAUAGAGUCUCUCCACAAGUCAUGCUGUGAUCUGGAGGAGCGACUACACGAGCUCACAGAGGAGAAGCGCCGUGUGGAGACAGAGUCAGCGACACAGAGGGAGGCGCUGCACAAGAUGCAGGACAGGGAGCAGGAUCUCAGCAAAGACAUUGAGACUCUGAGAGACGAGAAUUCACACCACUCUGGAACCAUAUCCAAACUACAGGAGGAGCACAGCCAGUUGCACACGGAGAAUGCGUCGCUGCUGAGUGAGCUUUCGGCAGUCUCAGAGAAACUGAGUACAAUCCAGAAGUGCUACCGACAGGCCGAGCAGGAGAACAUGCACUUGGCUGACGAGCUAAGAGAGAUGCAGAGGGAGAGAGACAAGCUCUAUGAGAGGUUAUCGGUGGAUGACGGACAAAAGACGAAAGAAAACUACCGCCUUACCAUCAGAAAACUGAGAGAGGAGAACACAGCUCUGAAAUCGGAGAAGGUGGAUGCUGCGAAAGACAAGCCUGCCCCUACGCCGGAGAAACCACGCAUGCUCUCCAAAGUGGAACAGGACAUGGAAGAGCUGACCAAGAUAAGGACCGAGCGGACACAACUGCAGGAGCAGUUAAAGUCGGCCCAGAGAGAUAUCGACUCGCUGAGGGCUCAGCUCAAGGGGCACUCUCUGGAGCAACAAGCUACCAAUGCCAUAAAGAGAAAUGUCGCAGGUCAUCUGAAAACCCUGCUCUCUCAAGUCUCGUCAGUGUAUGAUGAUCUCGAGGCCGCCAGAACUGCCAUCACGACCCUCACCGAACACCAAAACAAACUCUCCAGGGAACAGUUUGAGGCACUCGCCGGGAAAUGUCGCAAUGAGAUUUGCCGUGUGUCGGAGGAGAAGGCGACUAUGGCGCAGAGUCUGGACGAUGCCAAACGAAGUCUGGCAAAGCUGCAGAUUGAAUUGGAGGUUGUGCGAGCGACUAACCUCAAGCUUCAGUCUCACAAGAGUGUUGUAGCGGAUGACGUGAGCCAGCUACGGGCCGAGGUGGCCCAACUCGAGGACCAGAAAAAGAUGCUCGAGCGACAGUUGUCGCAGAACGAGAAGAUGGCCGCCGAGAAAGACAAGACCGUCCGCCAGUUGGAGGCUGAGAAAAAGAAGCUCAAGUCACAGUUGCAGUCCAGCGAGAAGACGUGGAAGGCACAGCUGGUGCGACACGAGAGGGACUGGGAGGACCGCAUGGCUGAAAUGGAGCUCAUUCAGGGGAACAUUGAAGAAGAAAAGGAGGAUCUUGUCCGAGAGAAGAAUGCAAUGGGCGAAAGGUUAGCCUGUGUGGAGUCCGACAAAAGCAAGUUGGAAGAAGAGAAGAGAGAGCUCGAGUCAAAAAUAACAGGCAUGGAAAUGAAGUUGUCCGAAAAUGCUGUGGAGAUAACCCGUGUUCAAAAAGACAUCGCUCAAGCGGUGGUCGAACAUGCAUGUGAACUGGCCAAGGUCCGCGUCUCCAGUCAAGAAAGGCAGAAAGAAUAUGCUGCGAGGGAAAGCGAGUUGGGAGAAAAGAUGGCCGCCCUCACUCGCGACAGAGAUCAGCUACGCCAGACGCUGGAAGAGAGUCAGCUCAAACAGAAAGAAAUGGAGGCCCGGAUGAAAAACACGAAGGAGAAGGACGACAAAGUAGGUGAGCUCACGGCUCAACUUAACUCGCUGAAAACCGAAAAUGAAACGAUUCGAGCAGAAAUAAGGUCCCUCAGCGAGCUCCGUCAGUCUGCUGUCGAUAACCUGCAGCAGCUCUCAGAGGCAAAGCAGUCGCUGCAGCUGGACAACCAGAAGAUCCACAUGACCCUGCGCACCGAGAUCAGUCUUCUCUUGACCAAACUCAAGAGCACCGAGGAAGAGAAGCAGGCACUCGAGGCCAGAGUUGCGGAGUUGGUGGAUGGGGGAGCGGGAGGGAGUGGUGGGGCAGCAGGGGGGAGGGUCGAAAGUGGAGAGAGGGGAGGAGGGGAAGGGGGGUCAUUUCAGGGAGAGGACAGGGGAUAUGCAGGAAGCAUCCGGAGACAAGUUGAUAACACUGAGAAAAAGGUGCCAUCUGCUGACCUCCAAAGCAGAAUGACGAUGCUGGAGGCGGAGAAUAGGCGUCUCAAGGACACACUCAGAAGUGGGAAAGAGCCUCCAGACUCCAAUCCAGCACUCAGGAAAAAGAUCAUCAAACUCUCGCAGCGAAAUUUCUUUCUCGAGUGGGAGAAGAAGGACUUGUCCGACAAGCUCCAGAUAGCUCUGCGGGUGUCGCGUGAAACGAAAGAGAAAGCCGCCAGCGACCAGGAGAGAAAACUCCGUGAGAUGAACCAUGCACUCACAGAGAAGGUGCGCGGGUUGGAAGACAGUCUUCUGAAGCGGCGUUCGGCCAUCGAUACGCGCAUCACUGAAACGGUGAAGGAAAACGGUCGCUUGCACCAGCAGCUUAUAGUCCUGAAAAACGGGUUUGACGAGAGUAGCGGACAACGGGGUCUGGUGGAGGAGACCGCCAGGUGGGUUGCCGGGGAGGGACCCCGAGUCCUUGCAGAGCUUCAAACUGGUCUGGCGGGUUUCAAGCUGGAAUUACAGGCGCUCCAGUCGGCACAAAAGAGGAUGAGGGAGUUGCAGAUCGAGCUGCAGCACCUGGUAAACUCUGAGGCAAUGGCAGCGCGGACCCUCAUGCGGACAUCGUCUGCUGCCCUCCCGCCAGUUUUGAAGGGUCUGAAUCCCUCGUAUCUCUCCCGAAUCGACAGCACAGCCACCAGUCCACCUCCCUCCACUCCCUCCACACCCAUCCUCUUGCCUUCCUCUGCCAAGCCACCACAGUCACCCACGGCUUUCUCCGAUGCAAGGGAGAAAUUUCAGUUGCUCACACAGCUCACUGACGAGACGGACACGGCUCUCAAGAGAAGUCUCGUUCUUGUGGCCAACCGGGAAGAACAAGCUACGCUCGUCGGGACCCAGUUUGCAGAACAUGAGAAGAAGCUCGCCGAGGCGGUGGGCAUCAAUAAGAAGCUGAAAGACCAGUUUGACCACAUCGACGAGCAGGACCUUCUCCCUGACCAGCUGCAGACCAUCGCAAUGCUCCAGAAGCAGAUUGAGAGUUUGGAGGACCAGGUGAUCGACAGAGACGCAGCUCUGCAGGAGAUCGAAAGCCAAAUGAAGCAGGACUACGAGCAGCACGACCAGCUCAUCAGAAAACUCAACUCAGAGGUCAUAGACUUGACGAACCAGCUCUCGGCGCAGGUGGGGAAGCUGCGGUCCAAAGAUGUCUACAUCCAACAAGCGGACCAGCGCUACCUGGAGCUCGAGACGCAGCUCAUUUCUCUGAGGAAGGAGACGGAGAGGUUGGUUCACGAGCGAGAGCAGUUGAUUGCCCAGGCACUGCCGGAGCAUCUCAAGAUGGUGGCUGUUGCGACCGGUGGAGGGGCAGUGAGCUUGAGCGAUGUCAUCAGGCUCCAAGGAGAGGAGAUCAGGGCUCUACAGAAUAGCCUGGUGGACUGCAGCUACCAGUUGACUCAGCUUCACCAGCAGCUUGCCUCAGCAGACAGGCAAAGAUCCACCCUGCAGGCCAAGAUACUCAGUGAUGAGAUAAUGCAACAGCAGAUGAAAGAGAAUUUGACAGCCGAAAUCAACUACCUCCGCACACUCAAUCUGCAGUUUGUAGAGCAGCAGGCAAAAGGUGACAAGGCAAAGGUUUUACUGGAUGAGGUGAGGAAAGUGAAGGAGGCACUGCGACAGCAAAAGGAGGCUGCAGACACACAGAGAGGACUGGACGCUGCCAACAUCAAAAUUUUCGAGCAGGAGGCAAAGAUGGAGGAUCUCAAGUUCCAGCUUCACAAACACACACUUUCGCUGACCAUGCUACAGGCGGAAAAGCAGCACGCUCUCUCGUCCAUCAGCCAGGACAUUACCGGCCAGAUGUCCUCCGGGUUCCUGAUGCAGCGCCGGCCCGUGAGCGCCGGGAGCGAGGCAGGGGGUGGAGCAUGUCGUAAACCAAACUACCACAUUCUGAAUCGCCCGCAACCUUCCUCCAGGAACUCUCUGAUGCAGCCGGAGUUUGCCAUUCAAAUCCCUGGCACGAAGGGAGGAAGCUUGGGCGGCUCAGAGAUAGUAAAUUUGGAGGAACACUCUGAGAGCCAUUACAACCCCCUCUCUCUCGGGCCACCAGUUGUCACAGACGAUGAAGGCUCCCGAUACCCCUUCCGACGGGGACACGAUGAGAUCGAGAAAGUGGCGAAACACCAGCAGGUGAAGAAAGUAAAACGGCACCGCCGCACGGCCAGCAUGGGGAGCAAUAUCAUUGACGUGCCCCAAAGAGACCCACCGAGCAAUACGUCAACUCUCCCUUUGCCAGCUUCCAGCACCUCGAAACCAGCACAUGUCAAUAUUGUCAAACCGAAACCACUAACAGCAAAGCAACAGCAGCAGCAACAGCAACUCAGCAGGCCUGGAAGUGCCGGGAGUAACCCAAUGGUUGGAGCACUUCAUCGGAUGCAGAGUCCCGAGAAGGUCAAGGAAACGGCACAUGAAGUCAUGAAGGGGAUUACAAAACUGAUAGAGGGAGACGGGGGAAGUGGUGGAGGAGGGAGUGACGGGGAAGGUGGGGGAGAUGGGGGAGGAGGAGGGGACAGAACUCGCAUGAGGAGGGUGAGAAGUGGGGGAGGUCAGAGACUGCCAGAGAGCGAAGGAGGUGAAGGGAAUACGGUUGGAAUCGGAGAGGGCGAAGGAAGUAGCUUCACAAAGCCGGAACAUCAAGUCACUGUCACGUCUUCCCUUCCUGUUGGUCUGGGGAGCAGGACGAGGCACAAACACGACAUCCCCACGGGGCAAACAGAGCAGCAAAUCCUCUGA